AUGUCCCACAGCCCCGUGGAUGAGGAGAAGGGCCUCCAAUCCCCAGCAGUCGCCGUCCAGACACCAGAGGAUAUAGCCAAAAAUGACCACGAAAAGAUAGAUUCUUCUGCGGGCGGGGGAGUUUUCAGCCGCUUGAAUGCGCGUUUGAUCUCGUGGAAAAUAUUCGAAACUCGCGGCAUUGAACGCGUACCUGUUGAGGAGAGACAUGAUAUUAAAGCUGCAGAUUAUAUGCAAAUGACUCUAUUGUGGUUUAGUACCAAUAUUACGGCCAAUAAUAUGGCUGUUGGUAUGCUGGGUCCAAUCAGCUAUGGGCUUGGGUUUGUCGACUCGGCUCUUUGCGCUACUUUUGGGGCUUUGCUGGGAGCUGCAGGCGUCGCUUAUAUGGGUACUUUCGGACCUGCAAGUGGAAAUCGAACAAUGGUUGUUGCUCGGUAUUUCAUGGGCUACUAUCCGAGCAAAAUCGCAUGUCUACUUAAUAUCAUCAUCAUGCUGGGAUACGGGAUGAUCGACUGCCUAGUCGGUGGACAGGUUCUAUCCGCUGUUUCAGGGGGGUCAAUGUCCGUCGUUGUAGGCAUUAUCAUCAUCGCCAUUAUAACCUGGGCGGUCGUCUUAUUCGGAAUGAGAAUCUUCCAUAUAUACGAGAGAUGGGCCUGGCUCCCCCAAUUCAUCGCCAUCUUUGUCCUAGUCGGCAGCGCAGGUCCCAAAUUCAACACCUCAAUCACAUCAACCGGGUCACCUGAAACAAUAAUCGGGAACCGCCUCUCAUUCUUCUCUCUCUGUCUCUCCGCCUCAGUAGCCUGGGCCCCCGCCGGCGCAGACUUCUUCGUCUACUUCCCACCCACAACAUCAAAAUGGAAGACCUUCCUCAUGACCUUCCUAGGCGUCGGACUAGCUCUAACGUUCGCAAACCUGAUGGGCGUAGGCCUCGCAUCAGGAACAACCACCCAAACAGAAUGGGCAACAGCCUACGACACCUCAUCCGGAGCCCUAAUCCUAGCAGGCUACAAUGGCCUAGGCGGAUUCGGGAAAUUCAUGGGCGUCCUGGUUGCACUCGGUCUCAUUGCGAAUAAUAUUCCAGGCACUUACUCCGCUUCACUCGGAUUCCAGAUUAUGGGUCGUCAUCUCGCUAGAUUACCACGAUGGUUCUGGUCUUGCGUUGGCGUUGUUAUUUAUACUGCUUGUGCGCUGGGUGGUCGGAAUCAUUUAUAUGAUAUAUUUGAUAAUUUCCUCUCGCUUAUGGGGUACUGGGUUACUAUUUACCUGAUGAUUGCGGUCGAAGAACAUGUGCUGUUUCGUCGGGUGAGGGGCUUUGACUGGGAUGCGUGGGCGGACCCGUCUAAGUUGCCCGUUGGGAUUGCUGCGUUGCUUGCUUUUCUGAUUGGAUGGGCGGGUGCGAUUGUCUGUAUGGAUCAGAUCUGGUAUAUUGGGCCAAUUGCGAAGAUGGUUGGUGCUUACGGGACGGACUUGGGUAUUUGGGUGGGAGUUUCGUGGGCGAUGCUGGUUUAUCCCCCCUUGCGUUGGGUGGAGCUGAAGAAGUUCGAUCGGUGA